AGGCGUGACUACUUGUUGUCUCUCUCUCUCCUCUCUGAUUUCAGUGUCAAGACAUGACUGUCCAAAAAUCCCAUGUGACAUGCCAGGACGAAGCACAAGAAGCAAACAUCCGCCCCUUCCAAGUCACCUUCAAGCCUGCCCUGAGCCCAGGUAUCAAAAUAUUGAAAAAGUGCUGCAGAUGGAGCAAGAUCCUGCAUAUGUCAAACCAAUCGCUGCAGAUAUUUAUUACAACUGUGGGAAUUUCGUAAGGCAAUCCAGUGAUGAAGAUGCCUACUCUUAUCAAAACGUGGCUGGCCCAUCGAGAAGCAGUGGGCUUGUCUUGGCAGAUGUGGAUGUCUAUGAAAACAGCACAACGAUCCAGAUAUGGAAGCACUCGCAGAUCGCAGGUGAACUAUGGGCUGCAAAUUCUCUUAGAAAUCAUCUACAAUCUCAAUUCUUUGAAUAUAUGAUGCAUGUCAUGUGUGACUUGGCUAACUUUCUUGAGCUAUCUGCUCUGCACAUAAAGCAUUUUCCUGCUUUCUAGCUGUGGAACAGAUUGCAUUGAUGUACCAGCCCGUAACAGUAAGCCCUGAUAGCAAAAGCCAGAUUUUUGUUUUUCCCCUUCUGAAAGAUGAACUAAAUUUGCAUCUGUGCAUUUAAAUUAGUACAUGCAAAUUUUAGGCAAAUUUGUCCCUGUGCCCUGAGUCCUUGGCGAUGCCCCUUCCCUCUUCCUUCCACACAAGUGCAAGGAGUUCAGAAGCUUCCACUUUGGGCUAACCAUGGUUUUAUGUUGUCUAGACCCAACCAUGGUUAGCAUUUAUUGUUUGUUUCAAACAAGCCAAAGCUGGCUCAUUUAAACCACUUUUGUUAGUGUUAGCCUUCAUUUCGGGUCUGGGCAACAUGGC